ACUCGUCGACUCGGGCCUUAUCGCGAGGAGAAAAAGGGGAGACGAGCGAGGCAGCGGCGGCAGAGCCAGAGGCUGCUUCCUCCCUCCUUCUCUCGGUGCGACGGUUUAGGCGGCAGCGCACGGUGACGGCGGCAGCACGGCGCACGGCAACUGGGGCGACGCAGCACGGUGACGGUGGCAGGGUUGGAGCACGGUGGCGAGCAGAGCAGGGGAGGGGAUCCUGAGGACGCAGAUUCUGAGAGUACCUCGAAGUUAGGAUGGGUAGCACGGAGAAAUUCAGAUUCUGCAUUGACAGGGGCGGCACAUUCACCGACAUCUACGCAGAGGUGCCCGGGAGGAGGGAAGGCUACGUGAUGAAACUUCUCUCCGUCGACCCGUCGAACUACGACGACGCCCCCAUCGAAGGGAUCAGGAGGAUCCUCCAGGAGUUCUCCGGGGAGAGGAUCCCGCGGUCGUCCAAGAUUCCCACGGGCAAGAUUGAUUGGAUUCGGAUGGGCACCACGGUGGCCACGAAUGCGCUUCUUGAGAGGAAGGGUGAAAGGAUCGCGCUGUGUGUCACCCGGGGAUUCAGGGAUUUGCUUCAGAUUGGUAACCAGGCUCGGCCGAACAUAUUCGAUCUCAAGGUGUCAAAGCCGUCGAAUUUGUAUGAGGAGGUGGUUGAGGUUGAUGAGAGGGUUGAACUUGUUGGUGGUGGUGAUGGUGAGAGGGAUGAUGGUUUAUCUGUUAAAGGGAUCUCAGGGGAAUUGGUCAGGGUGGCGAAGCCGGUUGAUGUAGAAGCAUUGAAGCCUUUGUUGAAAGGUUUGCUUGACAAAGGAAUAAGAUGUUUGGCAGUGGUUUUAAUGCACUCAUAUACUUAUCCUCAGCAUGAGCUUCUCAUUGAGAAAUUAUCUCUUGAGAUGGGAUUCAAGCAUGUAUCGUUGUCUUCAUCAUUGACGCCGAUGGUCCGUGCUGUGCCUCGUGGCUUGACAGCCAGUGUGGAUGCUUAUCUCACACCAGUCAUCAAAGAGUACCUAUCAGGAUUCAUGUCCAGGUUUGAAGGGGGAGGUGAGCAGGUGAAUGUGCUGUUUAUGCAGUCAGAUGGUGGUCUGGCACCAGAGAGGAGAUUCUCCGGGCACAAAGCAGUGUUGUCAGGUCCUGCAGGUGGUGUGGUUGGCUACUCUCAGACCUUGUUUCAACUUGAGACAUCAAAACCGCUGAUUGGAUUUGACAUGGGUGGUACAUCCACAGAUGUUAGCCGCUACGAUGGAAGCUAUGAACAAGUUCUGGAGACCCAAAUUGCUGGGGCAAUAAUACAAGCUCCCCAGCUUGACAUAAACACGGUGGCUGCUGGUGGUGGAUCGAAGCUUAAGUUUCAGUUUGGAGCUUUCAAGGUUGGGCCAGAUUCUGUUGGAGCACAUCCUGGUCCUGUAUGCUAUAGAAAAGGUGGUGAGCUGGCAAUAACUGAUGCCAAUUUGAUUCUGGGAACUGUUAUUCCUGAGUACUUCCCAUCCAUAUUUGGUCCUAACGAAGAUUUACCCCUUGAUUAUGACGCUACUAAAAAGGCAUUUGAGAUUCUUGCUGUUGAGAUAAACUCUCACCGAAAGAGUCAGGAUCCAUCAGCAAAGGACAUGACGGUUGAGGAGAUUGCCCUCGGUUUUGUUAAUGUUGCAAAUGAGGCGAUGUGCCGACCUAUAAGGCAGUUGACCGAAAUGAAGGGGCAUGACACUAAGAACCAUGCUCUCGCAUGCUUUGGUGGUGCUGGUCCUCAACAUGCAUGUGCUAUGGCAAGAUCCCUUGGCAUGUCUGAGUUACUUAUUCAUCGCUACUGUGGCAUAUUGAGUGCAUAUGGAAUGGGCCUUGCUGAUGUUAUUGAAGAUUUGCAAGAGCCAUACUCUGCUAUUUAUAAUGUUGAUUCUGCUGCAGAGGCAUCUCGAAGAGUAGAUCUUUUAGUUAAGCAGGUGAAAGAAAAGUUAAUAGAGCAGGGUUUUGGAGAGGACAGCAUCAGGACACAUUCAUACUUGAACUUGAGGUACGAGGGAACCGAUACAGCAAUCAUGGUUAAACAACCAGAGAGGGAAUCUGGAAGUGAUUAUGCUGAUGAGUUUGUGAAACUGUUUCAGCAAGAGUAUGGCUUCAAAUUAUUAAACAGAAAAAUACUCAUAUGUGAUGUGAGGGUUCAGGGAGUUGGUGCUACAAAUAUCUUGCAGCCUCAUGAACUGACACCAGUAUCAACCAAACCUGUGCCAGAAAGUUCAUGUCGAAUUUAUUUUUCAUACGGAUGGCAGGAAACACCACUUUACAAGCUUCAGAAUUUGGGCUAUGGGCAUGUAUUGAAGGGUCCUGCAGUUAUAAUGAAUGGGAACAGUACAGUGAUAGUAGAAAAAGACUGUAAAGCUAUCAUCACCAAGUAUGGUAACAUAAAAAUUGAGAUAAGUGCUGCUCCAAGCAGUGUAGAAGUAUCAGAGACAGUUGCUGAUGUGGUCCAACUUUCUAUCUUCAAUCAUCGAUUCAUGGGUAUUGCUGAACAGAUGGGUCGAACACUUCAAAGAACUUCUAUUUCUACCAAUAUAAAGGAAAGACUGGACUUUUCUUGUGCUCUCUUUGGUCCGGAUGGUGGCCUUGUCGCAAAUGCCCCUCAUGUCCCUGUGCAUUUGGGAGCCAUGUCUAGCACCGUGCGUUGGCAACUCAAAUAUUGGGGUGAUAAUCUCCAUGAGGGUGAUGUUCUUGUAACGAAUCAUCCAUGUUCUGGGGGUAGCCAUCUUCCAGACAUAACAGUUGUCACACCUGUUUUCAAUGAAGGUAAAGUUAUCUUCUUUGUUGCUAGUAGAGGUCACCAUGCAGAGAUCGGUGGUAUCACCCCAGGAAGCAUGCCUCCUUUCUCAAAAAGCAUCUGGGAGGAAGGUGCUGCCAUCAAAGCAUUUAAACUUGUUGAGAGAGGUGUUUUCCAAGAGGAAGGAAUAAUUCACUUGCUACAGUCACCGUCCUAUGAUGAACUUACAAACCAUAAGAUUCCAGGAACACGUAAGAUCCAAGAUAAUCUUUCUGACCUCCAUGCUCAGGUGGCAGCAAACCAGCGGGGAAUAACACUUAUCAAAGAACUGAUAAAUCAGUAUGGUUUGAUCACUGUUCAAUCUUAUAUGAAUCAUGUCCAAAACAAUGCUGAAGAAGCUGUUAGAGAAAUGCUUAAGGUAGUUGCAUCGAGAGUUGAAAAGGAGAAUGGGUCUUGUGUCAUCGAAGAUGAAGAUUACAUGGAUGAUGGUUCUGUGCUCCAUUUGAAGCUCACCCUUGAUUCAAGUAAAGGCGAAGCAACCUUUGACUUUGAAGGCACCAGUCCUGAGGUGUAUGGUAACUGGAAUGCUCCUGAAGCAGUAACAGCGGCUGCUGUGAUAUACUGCUUACGGUGCUUGGUCGACGUUGAUAUACCUCUAAAUCAAGGCUGCCUAGCUCCUGUGAAGAUCCUAAUUCCUAAAGGCUCUUUCCUUUCUCCAAGUGACAAAGCUGCAGUGGUUGGUGGUAAUGUAUUGACCUCUCAGAGAGUGACGGACGUAGUCCUAAUGGCUUUCCAAGCAUGCGCCUGCUCCCAGGGUUGCAUGAACAAUUUGACAUUUGGAGACGACACCUUCGGUUACUAUGAGACCAUUGGAGGCGGUUCAGGAGCUGGGGCGAGUUGGGAUGGUACAAGUGGUGUUCAGUGUCACAUGACAAACACAAGGAUGACUGACCCAGAGAUCUUUGAGCAGCGAUACCCUGUUCUUUUACAUAGAUUUAGCAUCAGGGAGAACAGUGGAGGUUCUGGUUUCCACAGAGGUGGUGAUGGCCUUGUGAGAGAGAUUGAAUUUUGCCAGCCUGUUGUUGUGAGCAUUCUUUCAGAGAGAAGGGUGCAUGCUCCCAGGGGACUGAAGGGAGGAAGAAAUGGGGCCCGUGGUGCAAACUAUCUCGUCAAGAAAGAUGGUCGUAGAGUUUACCUUGGAGGGAAGAACACUGUUAUGGUUAAUGCUGGUGAGAUUCUUCAGAUUCUCACUCCUGGUGGUGGUGGUUUUGGCUCUCCUUGAUGGCUAUUCUUGUGGACGAUCAUCUACCUCGCUUCUGGGUAUUGUCAUUUCUACUUCUUUAGUCCUACUUUUAUCCACAAAUAAAACAUGCAGAAGGCAGAAACUUGCACAAAUAUUGCCUGAUACAGAUCCAAACUGUCAUUGUUGCUUCUGGGACAUUGGAGCUGAAUAAGGAAGCAUGUUGCUUGUUUACCUCACUGUUGUUCAACUUAAUAAUGUUUUUUUUUGAUAAAGGAAGCUUUUAUUAAUCUCAGACGAUUACAUCAAGUUGAUAGAACCAUACUAAGAAAACUCCCGGCCUCUGCAUAACUAGGAUGCACACAGCCAAAACACACAAACCCACAAAAGAGUUUGUAACAAGAGAAGGAAAGCAGUAAAAAUCAGGGAGCACCAAUCUUCAGGCUAGACCGCCACCCAUGUCCCUGGGUAAAACAUUCCCUGACCACCUGCUCCAAGCGCUAACACGCCGCUGCAACCAAAUCCCGUGAACCAGGCUUCUGAAGGAUAGCCCAGGUACGAAGGAAGUGGAUAGUUAAAAAAAUAACCUGUAAAGGAGAAGAGAUUUUUCUUUUGUCAAACACCAUAUCAUUCCUGCAAAGCCAUAAUGACCAACAAAUAGUGGCUGCCCCUAACAGGAUAAGUGACUUCAAGUCUUUCCUAAUUCCCCGUAGCCAAUUACCAAACAUAUUGGAUACACCACGUGGCGGGAAAAGCCCUGUAGCCACUUGUAUAAUGCACCACACAAAACGGGCAAAUCUGCACUCAUAAAACAAAUGUAAUAUUGUCUCAUCUUUGUGACAAAAGCAACAAUUCUUACUUCCUUGCCAAUUGCGCUUAGCUAGGUUAUCCCUUGUCAAAACUACCCCACGACGUAAAUACCAUAGGAAGAUCUUCACUUUAAGCGGUAUUUUUAAUUUCCAAAUUACUUUGUUUAUGUUGGGCAAAUCUGAAUGUACCAAGGCAAGAUAAUGCGACUUCACUGAAAACUCUCCAUUUUGGGUUAAAUUCCAAUGAAACUUAUCUUGAUCCUGAGUAAGAACUAGGUUAGCGAUUCGUGGAAGAAGGUUAUUCCACGCCACUAAUUUUGGCUAAUGUUUUGUGUUAAAAAAAAUAGUAAUGUGGAAUCAUUUAUCUUUUUAACGAUUAACUGUAUUGGUUGUCUCUGCACAGCAUGGCUUUUGGUUUCCUCUCCUCAUGUUACUGUUACAUAAGAAAUUACUCCUACCAUACUGGUGUUUACGCUGCACUUGGUGGAGACUCAAGCUGUUGUUUCUGUCUAAGCAAUAAUGUCAUUUGCAUAUAGAUACAUGAGGUGUAGCAAAUCUACAGAAUCAGAGGUCAGGAACUACACAAAAAACAAUCAAUAAUAUAAUCACGAUAAAUUAUUUGAUAUGAGUAUUGAGAACAAUACAAUGAAAAAAAAAACUAUGAUGCACAGAUUGGUAUAAAGCUAGUAGCCUAAUAAUUUGAUGCAUUUUGCUAUUAAUUAGUUCUAUACGAUGGAUUUCCAACGCAAAUGCAUCCCCAAUGUUAAGGUGAGACCACACCCUGUUGAGGCACAGUAGCAUAUAGACGGCCGUCUAAGAGAUCCAAUACAUGCUUUGCAUGAAUGUCUAGUUUAGGUUCUGUCACCUCUGAAUCUAGUGGAUACACUCUUUCUUUGGCAAGGCAGCUCAUCUAGUGGACUCCACUGAGGUUGUUGGGCAUUUUCAGAAGGUUCUUACCUCCAGAGGCAAGUUCUGUAUCUGCUCAAUCGCCAUUGGUGUGAUUGUUGAGGUUAUAAUCAUGUUCCCAAUCCAGCACCGGUCAUACGGAGAUGGAAUCAACAAUGUUCUUGUUCUUCUGAGAGGAGGGAUACCGAUCGCAAUGCCUACUGUUCUGUCAGUCACACUUGCAAUAGGUUCUCAUCACCUGUCUCAACAGGUGCUAUCACUAAAAGGAUGACAGCCAUAGAAGAAAUGGCAGGAAUGGAUGUUCUCUGCUGUGACAAAAUUGGAACUCUCACUCUCAACCAUCUCACUGUUGACAAAAACCUAAUUGAGGUUUCCGGUGGACGCCGGCAUGUUCCCGGAGCACAAGUACGAGAUCGUGAGGAUCAUUCAACGGGAGGGCCACCUGUGCGGGAUGACCGGCAACGGCAUGAACGCGCUGGCGCUGAAGAAGGCCGACAUCGGCACAGCCAACAUCGCACGCGCUAGCACUGAAGAAGGCCGACAUCGCGCUCACGGAGCCCGGCUGAGAGGCACACAUGCUGAGAGCGCAUGUGCAAUCUGUGAUGAGACCAAAGCGUGUGGAUUCUGAUGUAAUUCGAUCGGCUCAGACAGUUUGAUUUGCUUGGGUUUAGCUUCAUGGCGUUGUAUCUUCAGAGUUCAAAGUAAAAUUACUAUAGCUUUUUGCAUGCAAAAUGUCAGAAACUUAUACGGAACAUGUCGGUUUUCUUUUAAUGAUUAGAGAUGAUAUAUGAGUUUGCACCUGAUAAUUGAAUAUCUCUUGUUA